CAACUAUAACUGACUACCAAGCAAGGACUAGAAACAAUUUAAAUGUAUUAUAUUGACAACUCAACAUCAUCAUUGUCGUCGUCGUCCCCAUAGUCCUUUUCAUGAUGGAAGUAGAAGAAACAAUAGUGGAUCGUCUUGAGAAGGAAAUUAAUAUAAUUCGACCACAGGCAUUGGAAAUUCAAUUAAAAUUAUACGACAUACUGAUUCCAAUUUUAUGUGCCAUAAUAAUUCCUAUAAAUUUACUCAUAUGCUUUUCAAGUGGAUUGAUCCUUAACAAAAGACAACAGCCUCGAAGCACUUAUAUACUAUUGGGAAAUGUAGCCCUUUCUGAUUUGUUAAUUGGACUAGUGACUCUUUUUAUGCAAUACUGUCCCGAGAAGCUGCUCAACGAAAUGGUUUGCUGCAUAGGCACGGCCUUUCACGUGUGUUCAACUUUGGUGUCAAUAUGGAGCGUGGGUCUCAUUGGAAUCGACCGUUAUUUAUACAUCUUGUACGGACUUCACUACCAGAGGCUUACUUCGUCACAACGUACUCGCGCCAUGGUUUUGGUCAUAUGGUUUUCUGCCGGAGUAAUCAGUUUUCUUCCAGCAUUUGGACUCAGAAACCCAACAAACAACGGCAAGCUGUGUUGGUUCAUUGUCCUUUUUCCCCGAUAUCUCCUUAUUAUUACAACAUGUUACGUACUGAUACCAUUAGUACUGAUACUUGUACUCUAUAGCAUCAUUUUGAAACAUGCACUUGCGGCAAUAUCUCACCAGCAUCGAGCCUUCACGGACACCCAUGGAACUCAUAAGGGAAGUCUACGACUCUUUCGGGGAAGUUCUUUAAGAACUUCUACUGAUGGUUCACUAGAUAGUCCAAAUGACAGUUGUUCACAAGAAGGUACAGAAGUCCCAUCGAGCCGUCGUCGAUGUACAGGAUCCCUUCUGAACUGUUGUCAAAAGAAUGACAAAUCCAACAACAAUGUUCAAGUUUACAGUUCCAGCAAAUGGAAGGCAAUUAAAGUUGUUCUUCUAACAACUGGAGCUGUUUUUAUAACUUGGGUUCCAUACAUCGCUGUAGCUGUACUAUAUGCAAUGUGUGACCAAAAAUCAAAUUCUAACUAUUGUGAUAGGCUUCUGGUGGCUAUAGCUAGACCAUUAACGGUCCUUGGAAUGUGCAAUAGCUUAUUGAAUCCUAUCAUUUAUGCUUGGUGGCAUAAUGGAUUUCGAGAAUCGGUGAAGAGAAUCUUCAAAAGACUCUUAGGCGAAAGAUUGCAUGUCAAAGAAAUAGAAACUAAUAGAAGACUUAAUCAAGGAAAACAAAAUACGUUUAUGAAUGCUUCAGAACAAACACAAAACCUGAGAAAUACAUCGCCAAAAAAUCUUUGUGAUCAACUAUACGCAGAAUCAUUGAAAACCCUCACAAUUAUCAUAAUGGAAGAGGAAUCAAUAGUCGAGCGUCUUGAAAAGGAAAUCAAUAUAACUCACCCUCAGUCACUGGAGAUUCAAUUAAAAUUAUAUGACAUCUUCAUCCCAAUUUUGUGUUCCGUAAUAAUUCUUGUGAAUCUACUGAUUGUCCUUUCGAGUGGACUUAUCCUUCACAAAAGACAACAACCUCGAAGUACUUAUAUUUUUCUGGGAAAUGUAGCCCUUUCGGAUUUACUAAUUGGCAUAACUACCCUCGGUGUCCAAUACUACCCCAAUGAGUGGCGCAACGAAAUGGUUUGCUGUGUGAGCAUAGGUAUGACUGUUUGUUCAACUUUGGUGUCUGGCUAUAGCAUUGGACUUAUUGCAAUUGACCGUUAUUUGUACAUUUUAAACGGACUCCACUAUCAGAGGUUGAUUUCGUCCCAGAGGGCUCGUGGUAUGGUCCUGGCAGUAUGGAUUUUUGCAGGUGUUGUUAGUUUCUUGCCAGCAUUCGGACUGAGAAACUCUACAGACGAUGGGAAGCUAUGCUGGUUUAUUGUGCUGGUUCCGCCGAAACUUGUUCUUUUCACAACUUCAGUUGGAAUGGUGCCAUUAGGACUGAUUAUUGUUCUGUAUAGCAUUAUUUUGAAGCAUGCUCUUGUCAGAAUAUCCUUUCUUCAUCGAGCCUCAUCGGGAGAUCCAGGAACACAUGUUGGAGGUUUAAGAUUGUUUCGAGGCGGUUUAUCGCCUUCAAAAACAUCAGUUGCAUCGUUAGAUGCCCUAAAUGUCAUUCGGUUACAAGAGGAUUUGGAACUUCAAAGGCAACGUGGAAGAUCCAUAUUUAGUUGUUGUCGAAGAAGAAACGAAUCAAAAAUCAAUCUUCAAGUUUACAGCGCCAACAAAUGGAAAGCCAUCAAAAUUGUUCUUCUCACAACUGGGGCCUUCUUUGUGACGUGGUUUCCAUUUUUUAUCGCAUCCAUGCUCCAUGCAAUGUGUGGUCCCAAUUCAGACCCCGACUAUUGUGACAGUCUUCGAGUGGCAAUAGCUAGUCCAUUGGCUAUCCUUGGAUUGUGUAAUAGUUUGCUGAAUCCGAUUAUUUAUGCUUGGUGGCAUAAUGGAUUUCGAGAAUCUGUCAAAAUAAUUAUCAAGGGACUUUUGUGUGAAAGAUUUCAAAUAUCAACUGACACAAAAGCUGCAUCUAGACUAAGUUUGGCAAAAAAGAGAGCUGAUUUAAUUGUUAAUAGCUCAGAUCAAGAACAAAGACUUAGUGAAGAAGCCUCGAAUAGUGUCAAUGGGAUGGAAAUUAAUCCAAUAAGAACUGAAAAUGAGAAUUUAAAAUUAAAAACCGUUGAAUUUUAGUAGAUUUAAGAAUUUUGAAAUAAUGUUGUCCUGGAAUAAAUAAAAAGCGCUCUCUAACGGAAA